ACUCCGUGUGCCGUCUCCCUUCUUCUGUUUCGCCUGCCCAUUGCCUCUCUCUUCUUCGUUCUUGUCCUCGGAGAGAGUGAAGGAGCGAAGAAACAAGGGGGCCGUCUCUUCGUUCUACAGAUAGAGGAGGCGAGGGAAAGGGCUGAAAGGGUUUAUAGGAGGAGGGUUGUGGUGAUGGCGGAUCCGGCCGCAUACUUCAUGCGUCGGGAAAUCGCCGACCAAGACGCCGGUGCGCAACUCGGGUCGCAAGUGGCUGCACCACCUGACAACCGGUUGAAUUUGGCCGGGCCUUCCUCCGGCAUCAGAUCGUCUGAGUUUCAAGUGGAACCACUGUCGGGAGUCCUGUCAUCUCAUGGUGGUGGAGUCAGCCGGGGGGAGCUGGUGAAAAGAAGGAGGGGGAGGCCGAGAAAGUACGGUCCGGAUGCGGCCGGGGCGGUGGCAUUGGCUUUCUCGCCUACAUCUUCUACUGGUCCUGCUCUGAUGUCUGGCGGCCCAGAUGUUGCUACUCCUAAGCGGCGCAGAGGGCGUCCGCCGGGAACCGGGAGGAAACAGAAGCUGGCUUCACAUGGGGAAUGGUUUUCUGGUUCAGCUGGAUCAGAUCUUAUUCCACAUGUGAUAACAAUUGCCAUAGGAGAGCUUAUAUCAUCAUCCUCUGAAGCUAGUCUUGGCUGGAUUCCUACCAAAGAGGGUUUUGAGCAGGAGCAGGGACCAAGGGCUAUUUGUAUCCUUUCAGCUAGUGGUGUAGUUUCCACUGCGACCCUUUGUCAUUAUGCAACUUCCGGGGACGCUAUCACUUACAAGGGUCACUAUGAAAUACUUUGUUUAUCGGGCUCAUACAUGGUCUCUGAUACCGGUGGAUCACAAGGUCGAAGUGGGUGGCUUAACAUCUCUCUGUUUGGUCUCGAUGGCCGGGUAAUUGGCGGCAGCGUUGCUGGACCGCUAUUAGCUUCGAAUCCUGUACAGGUGGUUGUGGGGAGUUUUGUUCACCCGGGAUCGAACGCAAAGAACAAAGGCAUAGCCAGACAUGAAUCGGGUGCUGAAUCCGAACAUUGGAACGAGGAUGGUCAGCAGAGGAUGCCAUCGUCGCUUCCGACUCAAAACCUUUCCCCAUCUCAAGUAGGAGGAUGGUCAAGUUCGAGGCAACUGGACACGGGUGCUCAUCUUAACAUCGACUUAACCCAUGGGUAGCACAGCACCUUUGUUGAUAACGCGUAGAUUGUGUUGGUCCUUUUUAGCGAGUCUCAGACCUUACGUAGCUAGCACGGUUCCAGUGAGCCCUUGAGUUCGUACAAUAGUUGGAAGAGUCGAGUACCUUGAGUUUAUUUUUCUAUAAAGAAAAAAAUUAAAAAUUCAGAU